UUAUAUAAAACCUUAUAAAAACGAAGAUAUUAUUUAUCGAUUGGGUUUUAUUGAUGUUUAGACUUGAAGCAGAGAAAAAGAUCGCAGUUGAGGCAGUUGAACGUGCAUGUCGACUUGCAGAUAUUGUUUUUCAAGAAGGUCAUUACACCAGCAAUGUUGUUUUAAAGGAAGAUUGUUCUCCAGUUACAGGUGGUGAAUAUCGAAUUAUGAUGCCGGUUGAUGUAUAAGUAGUGGCGGACUUUGGUGUUCAAGCAUUAAUCAAUGCUUUACUUAGAGAUGUUUUUCCAGAAGAUCUAGUUUAUGCAGAAGAAACAUCAGAACUUUUAUAUUUACAUGAAGAUCUGUUAGAAAAAGUAUGGUCUAUGGUGUCUAGGACACUUGAAGGAGAAGAUAGAAAUAUUGGAUAUAUUGAAGGACGAGAAAGAUUAUUGGAAGUUAUAGAGCAUGGAAGAAAUGAAAGAAACGAAAGAUCUUGUAAUCGUUGGUGGAUAAUAGACCCGAUUGAUGGUACAAAGGGAUUUCUUCGAGGUGGUCAGUAUGCAGUUUGCUUGGCAUUGGUUGAGAAUGGUCAACCAUGUCUUGGUGUACUUGGAUGUCCGAAUUUGCGUAGAAAUAUUGAAGAUAAUGAUGAUCUUGGUGUUCUUUUUUAUGCAUGUAAAGGGGAAGGAGCAUACCAAGGAAUAUUGAAUGGAAACGAUAAAUCUUUAAUUCAUAUGAAUAAUAUUGAAAAUGUUGUUGAUGCACGUGUUUGUCAAAGCCAUGCACCGGGUCAUAGUGCUCUUGAGACACAUAAAAAAAUUAUUGAUGUUUUAGGAAUUACAAAACCGCCUAUUGAAUUAGAUUCGCAAGUAAAAUAUGCUUUGUUGGCACGUGGGGAAAGUGAUAUUUAUCUUCGUUUACCUGUUGAUCCAAAUUAUCAUGAAAAAGCUUGGGAUCAUGCUGCAGGUGCUUUAAUUGUUGAAGAAGCCGGAGGCAUCGUCACAGAUGUCUAUGGAAAGGCAUUGGAUUUUAGUAAAGGUAAAAGGCUUUCAGAAAAUCAUGGUAUUGUGGCUGCAUCGAAAUAUUUGCAUGCUAAGGUUCUGGAAGCGGUAAUGUUUAUAUUAAAAAAGCAGUAAUAUGUCAUAUUUUCAAUUGUACAUAAUUAACAUUGUAUUUCAACCAAAAGUUCAGAUAAAUAUGUAGAUAACACAGGAUUUUGGG